AUGUUGCAGUCGGAACCAUCGCCGUGGGAGGAAUGGGGGUGGGCGGACAUGUCGAGAGGUCUCGAGCCGCAGCUCUAUUCGCAGUUUACUCUUGAGCAGGAGAGAUGGAGCCGUCCCAGGGAUGAAGACAAGACGAUGAAGAUGCCCGUAGGAUGGUGGUCUGACGAUGGAAGGAACCGUCGAGCGGGACUCAAAUUGAAUCCCUUCGUGACCUUGUCAUCACGUACUCUUGGACCUUAUGAUCUUGGUUGGACCCGCAAACGUGCUCACAAGGUGCCGAACUUGGGUACCCCCGUGACGCCGCAGCCCCGUAGCCCCGCAGCCCCACAAAACCUGCUCAAACAUGCUCCGGAGCAGGAGCGUCCGACAGAGAAGGUCCGACGGGGCUUCACCAAGUUCGGUUCUCUUACAUACUUCUAUGGUAGCAUCGCGAUCCUAGAAGACACAAUGCGUAUCAUACCGGAUCAACUGCCCGUCAUGGCCUUGCUCCUCCCCACCCGGAUCCGUGCUUCUCACCCCGUCUCUCUCCUGCAGUCACCUAAGCACCUUCACCUCUCCCAGUCUCCGAGGAUGGCCUCCGCCACCGUCCCUGACCUGUCUCCCCGGCAUAUUCAGGAUCAUGCCUCUGCCGAGUCCCUGGAGCCGCACUGGGGCUAUGCCGACCGUGUUGUCCCCUGCGUCAACGACCCCGGCUCUUGCGCCUACCUCGACGUCGUCUACGAUGCCCACGAUGUCGGCAUGAUCUACACCGGUAUCAUAUGGGCGACCAUUGGCGGCAUCCUGCUCAUCUGGGCCGUCCUCAGGCGUGUCUUCACGCCUUUGUCCCGGCAGAAUCCUCGCCCGUUGACCGACGGCCAGGCCGAGAGCGCACAAAACACCAGCCCGGGCUUCUUGACGCGACUGCGCCUCACCCUCUGGUCCUAUAUCAAUCGCUUUCUCCUGCCUGACUGCUGCCGCCCCAUCUUCGGACGUACCACGCGCCUCCAGGUGCUUAUCCUCGCCAUCCUCACCGGCUACCUCACCAUUUGGACCUUCGCUGGCAUGGUCUAUGGGAUCUGGAUCACCCCCGUUGCCGCCCAUCCUGGGAAAUACAACACCCGUUCGAGCCUGGGGCCUUUCGCCGACAGGGUCGGUGUCCUUGCUUAUGCCCUGACGCCCUUCUCCGUUCUCCUCGCCAACCGCGAGUCCCUUCUUUCCGUCCUCACCGGCAUCCCUUACCAGAACUUCAACUUCCUGCACCGGUGGCUCGGCUACAUCAUCGUCGUCCAGUCCAGCCUCCACACCAUCGGCUGGAGUAUCAUCGAGAUCAGGCUGUACCAGCCUCAGCCGCAAGUCGCCCAGAACUGGAUUGUCCAGCUCUACAUGAUCUGGGGCGUCGUUGCCAUGGGCCUCCUGCUGCUCCUCUACGUCCUGUCCCUGCCGCCCGUCAUCCGCCUGACUGGCUACGAGUUCUUCCGGAAGUCGCACUACGUCCUCGCUCUCGUCUACAUGGGCGCCUGCAUCGGCCACUGGGAGCAGCUCCACUGCUUCCUCACCCCGGCCAUCCUUCUCUGGUUCAUCGACCGCGCCGCGCGGGGCGUAAGGACCUUCCUCGUGCACUACAACUUCGUCGACGGCGCCAAGCGGGGCUUCGUGGCCGCUCGUGCCUCCAUGACCACCUUCCCCCAUCCUGAAGACGGCGACGUCGUGCGCUUGGAUUUCGAACACCCCCACGAGGCCUGGCAGGUCGGCCAGCAUUUUUACCUCUGCUUCCCGGAGAGCAGCAUCUGGCAGUCGCACCCGUUCACGCCGCUGAACGCUCCCGUCACCGUGAACGGCCGGACCCGCCACUCGUACAUCUUCAGGGGUAAGCAGGGCGAGACGAAGAAGAUCGCCGAGCUCGCUGCGCGCAAGUCGGCCGCUGCCGCUGCCGCUUCGGCUGAUAAGCCCGAGACGCCUUCGACCUCGGUGGUUUUGACCGGCCCCUACGGCGACUCUACCAUGCGCAACGUCACUCACGAUGCCAACAUCCUGUGCAUUGCAGGCGGCACCGGCAUCACUUAUGUGCUACCUGUACUCCUAUCUCUCCUCGGCGCGAGCAACAACACCUCCCCGGCCCGAAAAAUCGAACUUGUCUGGGUGGUCCGACACGCCGAGGACGCCGAAUGGGUCGGGCCGGAGCUGGACCUCUUGUCCAAGAACGGCGGCAUCAGCUUGACGAUCCUCCCGACGAGGGAUGCGGAGCCGAGCAGCUCGGACCAGGAAAGGUCCUCGGAUGCAGAGAAUGAGGAGAAGCAGGCUGCCGUGUCGUCGGUGAGCACGGUCAAGGCCACGUCUUCGAGAGGUCACCCGGAUCUGGGACGGCUCAUCAGGGAAUUCGUCGAGGGGACGGCGAGGGGGCGGACUAUUGUCUUCGCGAGCGGGCCGCCGAGCAUGUUGACCGAUGCUCGUGCCGCCGCCGCCGCGUGCAAUUCCGGGGCGAAGGUUUGGAAGGGUGAGGAGAGAUGUAGUGUGGAUUUUGUGCACGAUGAGCGGAUGGAGAGGUGA